AUGCGGGCGCUCCUUCAUCACUUCUCCGCUGACCAGAGAUCCGAGGGUUGGUGGAUCGAAACCCAGGCCUCACGGUACUUGUCGACUAUGGGCUUGACAGCCGACUAUGGGCUUGACAGGUUUCGAUCGUUUGAUAGGACGGUCACUGGGGGGCCACCUUUUUCGCUUUUUGGGCUGCUUCACGAGGCCUUAUUCCUGGGUUGA